GGAAGAAACAUGUGUGUAUGGCCCCUUUACAAAACCUAUCAAGUACUCUUUUUAAUUUGUGUCUUCUCUUUUCUCUUCCCAAUCUCUCAUGUCUUUGAGUCCCUACCUCUUUGUCUCUCACGUCCCCACACGUGUCACUUUCAAUCACUUCCAUUUAUAAUUGCAUCUCUCUCUUUCUCUCUCUCUAUCACUCACAGUCUCACACACUCAAAAACCUAUUCGUAUUCUUUACUAGCUUUCUUCUAAGUCUUCACUCUUUUAUCAUACCUUGUUUAGAUUCUGAUUGUUCACGUGUCUCUGUCUUGUCUUGUCCCAAAUCCUUAAACAUUUUCACUUAAAACUCGUUAAAAGCUUAAACCUUUUCCCUAAGUUUCUCUUUUGGGGUUUAUGCUCCUCGAUGAUGAUCUAAUGUCACUUUUUACGCUCUCUUCUCAAAGAUUCUAAAUAAACAUUGCAUCUCUCAACUCCUUUGCAUUGGAGAAAUAAAACUAACGAAAGAACUUUUGUGAAUUCUCAGUAUAAUAUCACCAAGAAAGAAACACACACUCUUUGUCUCUCUCUCUCUCUCCUCUCUCUUACACCAAAACCUAUGACGAUGAAGAGAGCUUUACCAUCUCCUUCCUCACUGCUCUUCUUUCUCCUGAUAACAUCACUCUUCCCCUGUCAAGGAAACAGAGUCUCUGCCUCAAUGCCUUCAUCUGAGUCAGAAACUCUCUUCAAGAUCAUGGAGUCAAUGUCGUCUGAUCAACAAUGGCGUCAGUCACACCCAAACCCUUGCGCACCUGGCUCAUCUUGGCCAGGCAUUGAGUGCAAAACCGGUCCAGACCACUUGUCACACGUCUCUCGACUCGAUUUCGGCUCUGCUCCAAACCCUUCUUGUAAACCCUCUGCUUCUUUCCCUUCUUCAAUCUUCUCUCUCCCUUUUCUUCAAUCAGUCUUCUUCUUCAACUGCUUCACUCACUUCCCAACCACAAUCAUCUUCCCUAUUAAGCUCCUCCCCAACUCCUCUCUUCAACAGCUUAGCCUCAGAUCAAACCCUUCUCUCUCAGGCCAAAUCCCUCCUCGCAUCUCUACUCUCAAAUCUUUACAAAUCCUCACCCUCUCGCAAAACCGGUUAACCGGAGAUAUCCCUCCGGCGGUUUUCUCACUGAAAAGCCUCGUACAUCUCGAUCUCAGCUACAACAAGCUCACAGGUAAAAUUCCUCUGCAACUGGGGAAUCUCAAUAGCCUCGUCGGCUUAGAUUUAAGCUACAAUUCGUUAACCGGUACAAUCCCUCCAACGAUCUCGCAACUGAGUAUGCUUCAGAAACUCGACCUGAGCUCGAACUCUCUCUUCGGAAGAAUCCCAGAAGGAGUAGAAAAGCUUCGUUCUUUAUCAUUCAUGGCGUUAAGCAAAAACAAACUCAAAGGAGCUUUUCCAAAAGGAAUCUCGAAACUUCAGAGUUUGCAGUACUUCAUAAUGGAUAACAACCCAAUGUCCGUUGCUCUCCCCGUUGAGUUAGGGUUCCUACCUAAACUCCAAGAGCUCCAACUCGAGAAUUCAGGAUACUCCGGCGUGAUCCCGGAUAGUUACACCAAGCUCAUGAACCUUAGCUCGUUGUCUCUGGCUAACAACAGAGUAACCGGGGAGAUCCCAUCUGGGUUUGAGUCUUUGCCUCACGUUUUCCAUCUGAACCUCAGCAGGAACUUACUGAUCGGCGUCGUGCCGUUCGACUCGAGUUUCCUAAGACGGUUGAGUAAAAAUUUGGAUUUGAGCGGGAACAGAGGGUUGUGUCUGAAGCCAGAGGAUGAGUUCAGUGUCGUUAAGACUGGAGUUGAUGUCUGCGGGAAGAAUAUUACUAGUGGUGGAGCUGGAGCGUUGAUGCAGCAUCCAAAGAAGAAAUCACAAGCUACUUCCUCUCGGUAUUAUAGAUCUUGUUUCUUCUCAAGUGCUCUGUUUCAGUUUGCUCUGUUUCUGGGGUUACAUCAACGAUUGGUUCUCUAAGGAGAGAUAAAAGACAAAACGAAGAAAAAAAAAACAGAGAAUAAAUAUUUGUAUCAAAUCCCUAAGAAAAAAGAGAUUAGUGUUUGUUCCCAAAGUAGACGAUGAUUUCUAGGGAAAUAAAUUUAUUAUUAGUAGUCGAUUUUGAUGUGUAUUAGUUUUCUAUUUAAGCAAUGUACCUUAAUGUUAUUAUUGUUG